AUGAAGUUCCUCGCUAUCGGUGCGCUCCUGCUCAGCACAGUUAGUGCGCUUGCGACAGAGCAUAUUAUCAAAGGUGCUCAGAUCAUCCCGGCCAGCGAUAAGGCAGGUCUGAAGAAGAUCGGUGCUCAUGGACAUCACAAGCACCACGACCGUCGGACAGUGACAAUCCGGUCAUCGAAGAGCGACACCGAUGAUAUUUCGGAUGACUUCCUUUGGGGAAUCAAGGCUGCCAACCACGGCGGCAGACUUCUCUUGCAAAAGGGGAAGACCUAUGUCAUUGGCAAGAAGCUCGACCUCAGCUUCUUGGAUGAUAUCGAGGUGCAGCUGGAGGGUGAAGUGAAGUUCACCGACGAUAUCGACUACUGGCAAGCAAACCACUUCUACUACUCUUUCCAGAGAUCUAUCACUUUCUGGGUGUGGGGUGGUCAGGACAUCAAGAUCUUCGGAAAGGGUACUCUCAAUGGCAAUGGUCAGGAGUGGUACAAUGCCUUUGCUGGCAUGGAAAUUCUGGACCCGGAUAACGUCUUCUACCGUCCCGUUCUGUUCAUGACUGACAACGCUACCCGCGUGUCUGUCGAGGGUAUCACGCAACUCAACUCCCCCUGCUGGACCAACUUCUUCGUCCGUACCAAGGAUGUCUCUUUCGAUGAUGUCUACAUCAACGCCUUUUCCACCAACGCAUCUGCUUUGCCCAAGAACACCGACGGAUUUGACUCCCUCAACGUAGACGGUCUCCGUCCCAACACCACCAACAUUUUCGUGCAGAACUUGUGGUGCAACAACACCCACGGUGUCAGCAUGGGAAGUAUCGGACAGUACUCGGGAGUCGAGGAUAUCAUCGAGCAUGCCUGGAUUGAGAACGUGACUCUGUUGAACGGCGAGAACGGCGUUCGUCUCAAGGCCUGGGCUGGACAGGACGUCGGCUUUGGUCGCAUCAACAACAUCACGUACAAGGACGUUCACAUCGAAAACACCGACUCCCCUAUCGUCCUGGAUCAGUGCUACUUCAACAUCGACGCCGCCACCUGUGCCGAGUACCCGUCGUCAGUCAACUUCACCAACAUUAACUUCGAGAACAUCUAUGGCACCUCGUCAGGCAAGAAUGGCAAGGUUAUCGGUGACUUGACUUGCUCGCCCAAUGCUGUGUGCGCAGAUAUCCAUCUCUCCGAUAUCGAUAUUACUAGCCCGGCUGGCGGUCCUCCCGUCGUGACCUGCGAUGGAAUUGACGGAGAUGUUGGUAUGGAGUGCCAGUCGAGCUCGGCUUAG